AUGGAAUCCUCUUCAACUUCAACAAAACUCGAUUUUUAUCCAUUUGCCUAUGCCCUGUUUGAUGAAUGCUUAGAAAAACAUUGUUGGUAUUGCUUGGAUGAUGAGAAAAAAUUAAAAAGAUGUACAGGCUGUCAAAACGCAAUGUUUUGUGAUAAAAACUGUCAAAGCCUGGGUUGGAAAGACCACAAAUUUGAAUGUAAAGGAAUUAAAUUAAACAAAGGACAAGUCCCGGAUAUUGAAGUUAGACUGCUUGGACGUAUUGUGAGCAGACAUAAAGCUAUCCUUUGUGGAGUAGACAAAAAAGACCCAGAUUUUUACAAAGAUAGACAAUCCAAACGUAAAAUUAUGGAGAUUUGGGCGCAUACUGAGAGGAUUAAAAAUGAUGAAUAUGCAAUGAGGAAAUUUGAAGGCAUUUAUGAACGUUUAUGUCGCUUCUAUGACCCUAAAGCAAUGCUUAACAAACAAGUAGUCUUUGAACUCCAUUGCCGUGAUUUUAUCAACCGGCACGCUAUUAGCGAUAAACACUAUUUGAGGGUAAAAGAUAAAUUGAAAAAAUAUAAAAAUUAA